AUGGAGGUUACAAACAAAUUCAUAGCCAUAAAGGCUACAAUCGAUGGUGAACCACAGGAAUGUGAUUUUGAGCUCAAGGUUGAACCGUUUUCCCUAGCGGUUAAGCCAGGAUCCAAAGAUGUCAUCAUUAAGAAUAUUUACGUAUCAAUCGACCCCUAUCAGCUUAACCGUAUGAAAAGUGUCAGUUCUUCUAAAAAAACUUCAAAGUUUGCCCCACGAAUCGCUCCGGGUGAGGUGAUUGGUGCUUAUGGUGUGGGAAAAGUAGUAGCUUCAGGGAAUCCUGAAUUUGAAAAGGAUGACUAUGUUGUUGGCAUUAUAAGUUGGGGAGAGUAUAGCAUAUCACAAGGGUUUAUGGGUUGUUGGCUAAGUAAACUGGACCCAAUGGGCUUCCCAUUGUCAUACCAUGUUGGGCUUUUAGGAUUUAGUGGGCUUACUGCAUAUGCUGGUUUCUUUGAAAUAUGUAAGCCCAAAAAGGGCGAAAAGGUCUUUGUUUCAGCUGCUUCUGGAUCUGUAGGAAAUUUGGUGAGCCAGUAUGCUAAAAAUUUAGGGUGUUAUGUUGUGGGUAGUGCAGGGAGCCCAUAUAAGGUGAAAUUGCUUAAAGAAAAGUUCGGGUUUGAUGGAGCGUUUAACUAUAAAGAAGAAACUGAUCUAGAUUCUACCCUUGAGAAGUAUUUCCCAGAGGGGAUUGAUAUAUACUUCGAUAAUGUGGGAGGUGUGAUGCUCGAAGCAGCAAUAUCAAACAUGAACUCGUAUGGUAGGGUUGCACUUUGUGGAGUCAUUUCAGAAUACACAGAUGUUGGAAAACGUGCAGCACCGAAUAUGCUAAAUGUUGUAUAUAAGCGAAUCAUGAUUCAGGGGUUCUUAGGUGGUGAUUAUAUGCAUUUGUUUCCCGAGUUUGUCUCUACAACCGUUGACCACAUACGUGCUGGAAAAAUGCACGUGCUUGAAGACAUAUCAAUCGGUCUAGAAAGUGUUCCAUCCGCUUUUGUUGGACUUUUUCGCGGGUAUAAUGUUGGGAAGAAGAUUGUUCGAGUUUCCAAUGAUUUAGAAGAUUGCUAGUUGUU